AGAGGGACUGAACAGAAAGCUUGGACAACAAGCUGAUCCCCUUUGUUAACUGGAGGGUGCUGCGCUCUCUGUCUUCUUAAACUUCUUCAAUUGAUACAGUGCUUCGAGAAUAAGGACUAAUGGAGUUGGAACCCAUAGAGCUCUGUCCUUAUGAUCCAAACCACAGGAUACCUGCCAGCAGAUUACAGUACCACCUGGCAUCAUGCAAAAAGAAAAAUCCAAAGAUAGCUAAAAAGAUGGCUAACUGCAAAUACAAUGCUUGUCAUGUGGUCCCAAUCAAAAAUCUCAAGGAGCAUGAGGCCAACUGUAUCAACAGGACUGCAGUCGAUGAUGAGCCACUUAAUCUUCAAAAGAUCACUCAUCCAAAUUUUGAAGAAAAUGAAAACCCCUCUAGUGCUGGGAGUCAGAAUCCUGACCCUGAUGUCUGGAAUGUGGAUCAUACGAAUCAUUUUCCUUCAUUUGUUCUUGAGACUUUUGCUCCAAAAAUGCUGGUUUGUGAGAGUGACUCAAGAGACCUACAAGAGGCUAUGGCUGAUAAGCAUCCUAACACCUCCAAGUCUUGGGGAAGAGGUCAGAAAAACUGAUGGAGACAUUGCCAAUUAAAAUGCCCGAUGACAAAUAGAAGUCAUUUUUAAACUUUAGGAGAAAUCUCAACUUUUAAUAAAUUUGUGAUUGUCAUCUUAACAUGUUUUUAUUUAAAUAAAGAAUAUUUUCCUUUGAAAAA